CUGGGUACGAGAGUCCUGGGUACGAGAGCCGUGAGCGUCUGUUGUUGGGAGGGUAACCGAAUUCCAAAAUGGCGGCGCACAGGACCAAAUCUCGCAGUUGGGAUGAAAUAUCUGCCCGUACCAUCCGCUCUGUCGUUCCACCGUCACGCACAAGGGUGGAAGAGACGGAAGAUAAAGAGUCCUCCGCCUUUCAGAUUAAUUUACAGUCUGUGGACGGCGUUUUCCGGCCGGACGUGGGUGAGUCCGGCGCCCAGCUGCAGUACCAGUUACGAGUCAGCCUGUACGAUAUCAUGUACCACACGUUCUUCGGACGCACCUGGGUCGGGCCGGCCAGGGCGGCGAAGGUCGACAAGGCAAAGCAGAAGUACAAACUACAAUAUCAACAGCCGAUUUAUUUCCACACCUCUCUGAAGGACCCCAACAUCGUGGCAGUGAUAGAGGUGGUGGGUGUGCUGGACCCUAGUCCUGGGAGUAGCCAGCCAAGAAGGCAGACGUCUUGUGGAUGGUCCUUACUCCGCCUCUUCCAGAAGUCUCAGAAAAUUAAAGACACAAGCGAAGGAACUCCAGAUGUCAGAAAGCUGGACGUGUAUCACGGAUCACCGCGGGCUCUCAUGUUGAUGGACGAUGCGAUUGAAACUAAUGAGAACAUCCAGCUUGUGCGAGGAUGUCAGAUAGCGUUCAGCCUCAGCACACACCAAGCACUGGAGAAGAUCCUACAUCUGGUACCAGAGAACGUGCUGGUGGGAGGGAGUGACGCCAUCCCAGGGAUACAGGAGCAGAGGAGCAAGAGCAAGGAGAAUGUGGACAACCUUAUCAAGCCUAAACUUCUCAAGACACUGCAGAGUCACUUAGACAACAUCUCAAUAACUCCAGAGCCUUCACUCGUCAAGUUCGAGGAAGAUCUUUGCAAGAAAGCCAACGAUGACCGUCUAGAAAGGGACGUCCAUGGGUCUAAUGUGUCGUUGGACAACAUUGGUCCCUCUGAUGGCUCAACUGUCAAUGUUGUGGAAAGGAGGUUACAGAUUGGAAUCCACAAUGGCUGGGGGUAUGUACAGAAGCCACAGGUUGUGAUCCUGGCUCCAGAGGUGGAGACACAGGGCAGGGCCAGGUCUGGGAGCAUCGGCAAGGGCCACAGGAGGACACCAUCCUUUGGGUCCAAGUCAUCGCUAGGCAACAGCAGCUGCCUGGUGGCGCGAAGCCAGGUGCAGCUGUCAGACCUGGCCCAGGAUGCAUCAUUCGCCAUCGUGUUCCAAGUGGAGUAUACGCUCUCCGUGCCGUUCGCCUUAUCGGGGGCAAAGCUGUCUGGCAGCAUGUCUAGAGCCCAGACCAUCACAGUGCCCGUCCUGUGGGUCUCCUGGUGUCCGUUCACGGCGUCAGGGCGGCCCGACGUUACCGUGGCGAUGAGGAGCGGGUCUGCGCCCAAUCCCGACAACGUGAUGAUGUUCUGUCAGAGGUCAGGGUCAGAGCAGCAGAGCGCGGGGUCAAUCAAGUUUACCUUUAGAAGGGAUGAUGAGCCACCAAAGCCACCAGAUGCGCAGGACCAAUUUUCAAGCCAAAUGUUACAGAUCCCAGGCCAGCACUACGCGCCGUCGGUUCACUCGGAGACGUCAGACGGCAGCUUCAUGCAGGAGCGACCAACCACUGUGUCCAGCCGACCUCCGCUACCCAGCAGUGCGAAGGGCAGUCCCAGGACAGAACACAGACUACCAGCCUACAGUACCCCCCUGCCUGGAAGUCUCCCCCCUCCCCUGUCCUACCCCACCAUCUCCCUCCCGUACCCCCUCCAGCCCAACACUACCCCCCCUCACAUGCUGGGAGACACGGCCAUGGAGACAUCAGACAUGCAGGACAUGACAGAGCUGACAGAAUUGCCGUACACACCCGUACACGCUCCCAUCAUGCUCUCUGCCAGGGGGACACAGAGUGGCCAGGGCUUGUCACGAGCAGCGUACGCUCGACUGUACACCGCCGGCUUCCCACCAAUCGUGGACAGGCACGGGCAGUCCCCUGAGGUCGUUGACCCCAGUGAUCAUGUGACAGUGAACCUGGUGCAGGAGCAAGCAGACCCCCUGCGGAGCAAUGAGAUCAUCUUCCAAUUCCUUGCCUUCUCAAGGAUUCUGUCAGCCCAGCCGAGUGGCUCUAUGACCUCCCAGCCCAGCACUGUGUUCUUCACUCUACAGUUCUACAGGUUUCCUCCACUCAUCACGGAGAGACUCCUGCUGGGCACCGCAGACAAGCAGCUAACCUCCGACCCCGGCUCCAUGCCUUGUAUCCUGUAUAGAAUCAACAAAGAUGGGACAGUGGUACAGACUCCCCCUGGCUGUCAGACCAAGUACCACAUGGACCCAUCCUUCCUGAAGCCUGGAGAAGCCAGACUAUUUGUGCAGUAUCUGUCAGUGCAGACCCUGCACAUCGAUGUCUGGGACGGAGACUCUCUCUUACUCAUAGGGUCAGGUGCUAUGGAUCUCAAGCACCUGUGCAGACAGGGUCGUGAAGCUGUCCAGGUGACCCAUGAACUUGACAUCAUUACAACAGAGUACUCUGAGGACACACCAACUCUUACAGGGGACCUGACCAGGGGAGGCAGUGUGCGACCAGUCGGCGUGAGCACUGUCCUGAAGGGGAGACUACACCUGCGCAUGGCUAAUGUGGGACACCUGCAGGACAGGUCAAGGGGAGACGGGGCAGUGACAGUUCCAAAACCUCCAUCCAGAGUGGUUCUACCUGCAUCUGCUCACAUGGGGUCUACCACAAGUUCAGGUCAAGGAAGUCCGUUGAUGAAACAGAAGACUGCGAAGAGACUGGCAGAGACAGACAACGAGCUUGCACUGGUGCUGACUGCACGGAAGGACCCUAAUAUCACCCAGCUAGCAAGUUUGGAUACCGGAGGAGAGUUGGACUCUGUCCGGAAGAGGAAGUUGGCUCGUAUGCAGGCCGUCAGACAGACCCAGGGCUGUGAAAAGGACCUCAACACUGUCAACACAGUACUGCUGCAGAAAGAGGAGAAGGCCCAGAAGACCAGAGAUCUGCGGACAGUGGAGCUGUACAGAGAGCAGACCAAACAUGACGGCAUCACCAGCAUGCUGUCUCAGGUCAUCACCACCCACUACACAGUCUUCCCCAGUCUUGGCACUGCUGAGUUCUUUGAGUUUGUGCUGAAGAACCCGUACAAUGUGGAGCACACCAUCACUGUGGACUGUGACACUCCGCAACUCAGCAUCAUCACUGAUGUAAGAGAGUGGAGACAGUUUAAGCAGGCUCACGACCUGAACACCCCCCUGGAGGAGAGCAUGUUUGGUACGACCUCCACGUCCGGUCUCCCCGCCAUCUUCCUGCGACCGCGGGAGUCGGUUUACGUCCCGUUCAAGUACCAGAGUCUGCAGGCGGACCACACCGUGCAACCUCAGGGUCCUUCUGAUACCAUGGCACCAAAUCUGACAACGCAACUGAUGACGGGCUACCGUCCCAGCGUGCACCACUCAAGGAACAUCAAGGUGUAUUUUCGCGCCGACGACCACCGUCCCGUGUCCAUCCUUACCGUAAACGUGAUCCCGCAACCUCACGUGGUCGACCAGACGUUUCGCUUCUACCACCCUGAACAGUCCUUCCUGAAGAAAGCUAUAAGAUUACCCCCCUACCACCAGCUACAAGGUGCGGUAGUCACGGCAGGUGGUUUCACCAGUGUCUCAGCCAGCUGCAGCGACCCCAAUGUCAUCUGUGAAACCAGGAAGGUCAAGGCGGGGGAGCCGCAAGACGUCUUCCUUAAAGUAGCCUGCGGCCCGUCUCCUUCUGUCAAGAAGUUCUUCGUGAUCAUCUACACGGACCCUCACCAGUCGAAGCCGUGUCAGAUCUGGCAGUUCUACCUCCAUGCCCUACAGCGGGUGGACAUCAGCUGUGUGGAGGGGCAGACAAGUCGCUUCUCUCUCAUCCUGCGGGGAACCAACGCUUCUCGUCUGGUCAGGGUCUUCCCCUCCCACCCCACAGAGAUACAGGUUUCCCCAGAUACGCCUUUCAUGCUGGCAGCCAACGCAGUGCACGAGGUGAACGUAGGUGUGAGACCCCUGGCCGUGGGCAGCAAGUUCCUGUACAUAAAUGUGGUGGACACAGAGUACCACCAGCUCAUCCGCACAUGGCUCAUCUGUAUGCAGACCACGCAGCCGGUCAUCUCAAAGGCUUUUGAUCUGCAGCUGCCUAUAGGAGGUGGUAAAGGCUGUAACAAGAGGAUCCCGUACACCAACCCCUACAUGCACAGGAAAACCUUCCUCCUCCACACCAACAGACAGGACCUGCUGCAGUUCAAGGAGAAUACGUUUGAGCUUGGAUCAGGUGAUGUGUACACCAUCGGGAUGAGAUUUGCUCCCAGCCAGCAGCAGGGCACAACAGAGAUCCUUAUCUUCAUCAAUGAUGAGGAUGACAAGAAUGAAGAGACGUUUUGUAUCAAGGCAACCUACAGCUGAUACCUGCGCCCCUCAAUGCUAAGGCUGCAGCAAGUAAAUUUAAUGGCUGACAUCCACACGCAAAUAGCCUUAUUUUUAAAAAAAAUUUUGUUUCCUUCCAGUGAUGGUCUGCACGAUAGAAAAUUACCAAAAUGAAAAGACAUUUUUUGUGGUAGCUUUGAGUGAGGAACUGACACUAUUGAGGUAGCCAUUAGUCUACAAAAUGUAGUUGGAAGAUUCUGAAGUGAAACUGGCUUUGGUACUUCAAGUAAUUAAUUAGAGUGACUAGUCACUUAGUGUGGUAGCCUAAUAUUUAGUUGUAGUUAUUCUAGGCUACCCCGCUGUUGUCACUUUCUCAACUUCUUCAAUACAGGUAUAGAAGACUUGUUGGCAGUAAUACCACAUGUUUAUUUGUAUGAUUGCUGCUUACUAUUUUAAAAAUCUAUAAACAUCUCGUUUUUAGCCCAUUAAAUUGAUUUUUGCCCUUUCAGGUUUAGAUUUAUGAUUGUGCAGAUUCUGAAAAUUUUGUCCUUGAAAUCUACUUGCUGUGGACUAACUCACACUGCGAGCAAUAAAAUCUUUAUUCAUAGGUUCAGCAGGGAAAUAUUUCAUUGUGUAUGAUCAGACAUGUAGAUAUCACUGUCAUGAUUAUAGAUUUCUAAUGAUUGUAUGAUUGAUAGACAAAUUUAGUUUUGUACAGCUGUGUACCAUUAACUGUAUAUUUAUUAAGUUGUCCUUGUGUAUACAGUGUAAAAAAUUGAUUAUUAUAAUAUUUUUUUUUUAUUAUAGCUAUGAAACUUUCUGAAUGUUUAAAAGCAAUUCAAUUUCUACAACUCUAUGAAAUAGACUUUUGAGUGACAUCCAUCACUUUUCUUCACAUUCUUCAGAAUAUGAUUCCCUUCCAAAGAUAUUUUAUGUCUACCGUCGUAAACAAAUUUACAUAGAUUGAAGUUAGUGUUAAGUUAAAGUUAUGACACUUAAAUGUUAGAGCUCCAUACAUCAUGAUGUUACGCUCAUUGCAUUCAAUUUAUUCACUUUGUAUCAUAGUUCUGCAAUGUAAAUAGAAAAAUGCAAGGAGCUGUUUCUGCUAUUAUUAUGAUUAAAUAAAAUUGUAUUAUCAAUAAUGAUCAUUAUGAAUCAUUGAAAUAACAGGUCAGUGUUGCAGGUCUGGCACAAAGUCAGUCAGUAGUAUAAUUUAAUUUACGUAACAGUUCCUGCAUACAUGUCAUUCUCGGACAUUUGUAUGUCCCCAUCAUGUAAAGCCCUGUGCCAUUUGUUACUCUUCAAAGCAAUAAACUGAAGAAAGUGCA